AGCUGCUGACAAACCAAAGUUCGUCCCUCUCUUGGAAAUACUACACGGGAGCGCACAGGGAGCGCUUUGCUUUUGCAGACACACUCCAGUGCUUGCCACCUGAAAGCGAGCACACAUUGGAUUUGCAGGAAUUCCAAAGUUGGAAAGUAUUUUUUGGAGGCGAAACUUGCGACCCGAAUUCUCUGAGAUCGUCCACCUACAGUGUUCGCAUGAAUCUCCUAGACCCCUACCUGAAAAUGACAGAUGAGCAAGAGAAGUGUUUGUCUGACGCCCCCAGUCCGAGCAUGUCCGAGGACUCCGCGGGCUCCCCGUGCCCGUCCGCCUCGGGGUCCGACACGGAGAACACGCGCCCCGCGGAGAACAGCCUCAUGGCUCCGGACGGGACGCUCGGAGACUUCAAGAAGGACGAAGACGACAAGUUCCCGGUGUGCAUCCGAGAGGCGGUGUCUCAGGUGCUGAAGGGCUACGACUGGACGCUCGUGCCCAUGCCGGUGAGAGUGAACGGCUCGAGCAAAAACAAGCCGCACGUGAAGAGACCGAUGAACGCGUUUAUGGUGUGGGCGCAGGCGGCGCGCAGGAAGCUCGCGGAUCAAUACCCGCACCUCCACAACGCCGAGCUCAGCAAAACUCUGGGAAAACUUUGGAGAUUACUGAACGAGGGUGAAAAGCGUCCCUUCGUGGAAGAGGCUGAGCGCCUCAGGGUUCAGCACAAGAAAGAUCACCCCGACUACAAGUACCAGCCUCGGCGGAGGAAGUCUGUGAAGAACGGGCAGAGCGAGUCCGAGGACGGCAGCGAGCCGACGCACAUCUCGCCCAACGCGAUCUUUAAAGCGCUCCAGCAAGCAGACUCGCCCGCGUCCAGCAUGGGAGAAGUGCACUCGCCCAGCGAACACUCAGGCCAGUCCCAAGGGCCGCCCACUCCUCCCACCACCCCGAAAACCGACGCCCAGCCAGGCAAAGCGGAUCUGAAGCGGGAAACCCGUCCGCUCCAGGAAAGCACGGGACGCCCGCUCAACAUCGACUUCCGCGACGUGGACAUCGGCGAGCUCAGCAGCGACGUCAUCGAAACGUUCGACGUCAACGAGUUCGACCAGUACCUGCCGCCGAACGGGCACGCCUACGCGGGCGGCUACGGGACCUGGAUGGGGAAGAACGCCGGCGCUCAAAGCGGCGCGCUCGGCACCGGAGAGCCGGACCAGCCGAGGACGACGCACAUCAAGACCGAACAGCUCAGUCCCAGCCACUACAACGAACAGCAGCAGCAGCAGGGUUCGCCGCAACACGUCAGCUACGGCUCCUUCAACGUCCAGCAUCUGCAACACUACAGCACUUCGUUCCCGUCAAUCACCCGCGCGCAGUACGACUACUCCGACCACCAGGGCGGCGCCACCUCCUACUACAGCCACGCCGGCGGGCAGAGCUCCGGCUUGUACUCCACCUUCAGCUACAUGAGCUCCAGCCAGAGGCCCAUGUACACACCCAUCGCUGACUCGACAGGGGUUCCCAACAUCCCCCAGUCCAACCACAGUCCUCCUCAGCACUGGGACCAGCAGCAGCCGGUCUACACGCAGCUGUCGAGACCCUGAGGACGAGCAGAGACUCAUCACACGUCAUUCCACUCUCUUUAGACACACACUUGAAUUUUACACACACACACACACACACAAUAAUGAAAUGUAGGAAAGAAAGCUGGACUUUGAGAUAAACGGCUCCCAACGUGCCUUUUUUAAUCGCCUGAAAUCGUGAUUAGAAUAUAUAUAUAUUUUUAGCCUUGAUUGCAAGUAAAGAAACAUUUUUGAGAAAUGAUUCCUCUGUGAGGACUUAUUGAUUAUUGAUACUUUAAUAUGUACUGUGUAUGUUUUCUUAACAUGUCCUUUUUUGUAUUUCCGCCGAUCCGGCCUUCUUGUUGAUGUUUCUUGUAGAAAAGUCUAUUUUUACUAAACCACUCUUGGUAGUACGGCUUUGGUUUCCUUUUUUCUCUCUCUUCUUCUUCUUCCAACUUGUAACAACACCUUUUAUUGUCCUCAUGCAGUGCGUUUUAUAUUUGAUAGUUUGAGUUCGUACCCUUUAUUUAUGUUCCUGUAAAACAUCGUCCGCAUCCAGCCGUUUUUUUACAGCUCACGUCUCGAUUCCCCCAACAUCAGUGCCUGUCAAACGCUGGAAGCGAAUUAGCGGGAAUACCGACGUGGCAGCGGCAGCUGAGAAUUUACAGAGUGUGUAACAGCAUGUGUCGCAGCUCCAGGAAGUGACCUUUGACCUCUGCCGGUCAUUAGCUGCCAGUGUCAUCUUACAGUCGGAUCCCAUCUUAACCCUUUUAAUUUAUUUAUUAGUAUUAAUUUUAUUUCAAAGAAAUUAUUUGCAUUUUAUUCUUUAAUACUUUAUACAAAAAAAAAUGAUGUUAUUUUGCGCCUCUGAAUAUGGUGACAUAUAAUCCAACGGGCCAUUUAGACAGAGGGCUGGUACUUAAUAUGGUACGAUCCUGUAUUCAUCAUGUUUAUUUAUCGUAUGUAGAUUUUUCUAUUUUAAAUGUUUAUUUGUCCUUAUUUCUAACCAGUUGUGUAAUGCACAAAAUGCUGUUGCGGUUUCUAAAACAAGGCUGAUUAAACUGGAAAGUUUUACGAUGCUCUAAUUGGUUUUUGAGUAGUUAGUUCGUUCGUUAGUUCGUUAGUUAGUUUGCUUCAAGUUUUCCCUUUCCACUUUUGUGCUUUGCUCAACGUCGGCGAUCUCAGUGCUUUUUACACGAGACUGAACAAGUUGUUUUUGUUUUAACAUUUUACUGCCUUUGGAGAAGCUCAUCUUUUGUAUUAUAUUUGCAAUAAAAGUGAGAAUAAAACAUAAAAGAGA